CUUUUCCCUUUUUGACUCUCACGGCAGGUCUUAUCGAGUUCAAUGUCGUAUAACCGCCGGAUAAUUGCAGCAUGAGGACAUACUCGGGCCGGCCCUGCGUGGACGCUAAAUAUACGAAGUACUAUCGUCUAGCCGUUCUUCAUCUUCCCCUCCUUUAUAUACAAUGCGAACUCUAAUAUAUACAUAACCCCUUGGCGUAACACAUCUUGAUCUCGGCUCUCGCAUUGAGUUAUUGAACCGGAGCUCACCCAUAUACUUGUUGAGGCGUUCAUACCAGCCCGAACUGCCACCCACUGCCAUUGAGCCCUCCUCGUCCAGUCGUGCACCAUGCCUCACGCAGCACCAGCACCAGCAGCUGAUCCGCAGCAACAACAGCCCACCAUCGCCGGCGUCCACCUCCGCGUCAACGACGGACCCCUCUCUCCAUCCUCGGUCUCGCCCCUCCGCGCCUCCCGGCCCUCGGAGCCGCUCUCCGCGCUCCGCCAGCGCUACGCCUCGGACGGCUACCUCUUCCUCAAGGGCCUGCUACCGCGCGACGACGUGCUCGCCGCCCGCGCCGCCUACUUCACCAGCCUCGCGCCGACGGGGGUGCUCAAGCCCGGCACGCGGCCCGUCGACGGGAUAUUCGACGCUGAGGGCGCCCGCGCGGCCGACUUCCCCGGCAUCGGCGCGGGGAGCGUCAAGAAUGCCCGCCCCGGCGGCUCGUCGUCGGAGCGGUCCGUCGCCUUUACCGACGCGGCGCUCCGGGCGCACACGGAGCCGUGGUACGCCGGCGGCGGCGGCGGUGACGCGCAAGAGGGGGGGUUCGCGCGGCACCCGGCGCUGUACGACUUCGUCGCGCGCUUCUCGGGCUGGGGCGACGACACGCUCGCGGUGCGGCGCUCGCUGCUGCGCAACAACACGCCCGGCAACAGGGCCAUCGGCGUGCACUACGACCAGUCGUUUAUGAGGCACGGCGAGCCGACGUCCGUCACCGCCUGGGUGCCCAUGGGCGACGUCCGGCUCGAGGGUGGAGGGCUCAUCUACCUCGAGGGAGGCGAGGCUCUCGGGGCGCAAAUCGAAGACGACUUCGCCGCCAAGGCGCGUGCGGCGGGCAUGUCGGACGAGGAGACGCGCAACGCCUUCAACGCCAACAUGAUGAGCUCGGGGUUCCUGUGCGACGGGCCGGCCGAGUUCGGGCGGGAGCACGGGAGGCGGUGGCUGGUGGCCGCGUACGAGGCGGGCGACGUGGUGCUGCACUCGCCGCACAUGAUUCAUGCGUCGACCAUCAACGACGACCCGGACAACCGCAUCAGACUCGGGACGGACUUGCGGUUCGUCAACUCGGCGCGGCCAUGGGACACGCGGUGGUCGAACCACUACACAUUCGACGAUGGCCUGUGACUGAAGGCGUGGACAUUGAUGUGGACACGGGGCGGGCCCGUCACUGUUAGAUUGCCCGGCCUCCAUGUCACGUAUAGCUGCCAUGUUCAUAGCAAAGCAGCCCCUUGUUUGGUAUACUGCUGCUGCUGCUCCUGCUGCUG